AUGGAUAGAUUCGUCUAUGUUUGUUUAUUCUUCCUAUUCAUUUCUUCGACAUCAAAGUUGACCACAAGCUAUCCCCUCUCCACAAAGUCUCGAUGGAUUGUGGACGAGAAAGGCCAAAGGGUGAAGCUAGCUUGCGUGAACUGGCCGGCUCAUCUCCAGCCCACGGUAGCUGAAGGGCUAAGCAAACAACCAUUAGACUCCAUCUCCAAGAAGAUUAUCUCAAUGGGAUGUAACUGCGUUAGGCUCACUUGGCCUCUUGAUUUGAUGACUAAUGACACAUUGGCCCUUAAGGUUACUGUUAAACAGUCUUUCGAAAUCUUGAAGUUGUUUGAAGAUGUUAGUGGGAUUCAAACUCACAACCCCAAAAUCCUUAAUCUCCCCCUUUUCAAUGCGUUCCAGGAAGUGGUAUCGAACCUUGGAGAAAACGGAGUGAUGGUGAUACUAGAUAACCACUUGACAACCUCAGGCUGGUGCUGUGGCGAGAAUGACCUCGACGCCUUCUUCGGUUACCCUAACUGGAAAGACGUGAGAAACGCUACUUACUUGCAGAAACUCUCCGGAAUCCAACAGCCCUUUAGAGGACCUGGAUUACAAUCCAAGAACGUUCUUUUCCAUCCAUCAUCUGGACUCUGCGUCACGAAUAGCCCCUCAUAUAAAUUAGCCACAGUUCGAUUAGGACCAUGCCCUAAAGCUGACCCAUGCACUUUCAACCCCAACAAAGGCAUUCUUCGGAUCAACAAAAUGUGCGUCGAAGCUCCAAAUGUUGCUGGACAAAAGGUGAAGCUUGGAGUUGGCACAAAGUGUUCUAAGUUGGGACAGAUCGCAGCUACCAAGAUGCAUUUUUCGUUCAAGACAAGUAAUGGUUUGUUGCUAUGUCUUGACGUGGACGAACGUGACAACAUCGUCGUCGCUAACCCUUGCAAGUGUUUGACCAAGGAUGCUUCGUGUGAUCCAGCUAUCCAAUGGUUCAAAGUUCUUUGA